AGUGGCGACCGCUGCAGAGCUGAGUGGUAGUCUCCCGCGCCUCGGGAGCCAGGUUGGCGGCGCGAUGAGGCGCAGCAAGGCCGACGUGGAGCGGUACAUCGCCUCGGUCCAGGGCUCUGCCCCGUCGCCUCGAGAGAAGUCAAUGAAAGGAUUCUAUUUUGCAAAACUGUAUUAUGAAGCUAAAGAAUAUGAUCUUGCUAAAAAAUACAUUUGUACAUAUAUUAAUGUGCAAGAGAGGGAUCCCAAAGCUCACAGAUUUCUGGGUCUUCUUUAUGAAUUGGAAGAAAACACAGAUAAAGCUGUUGAAUGUUACAGGCGUUCAGUGGAAUUAAACCCAACACAAAAAGAUCUUGUGUUGAAGAUUGCAGAAUUGCUUUGUAAAAAUGAUGUUACUGAUGGAAGAGCAAAAUACUGGGUUGAAAGAGCAGCUAAACUUUUCCCAGGAAGUCCUGCAGUUUAUAAACUAAAGGAGCAGCUUUUAGAUUGUGAAGGUGAAGAUGGAUGGAAUAAACUUUUUGACUUGAUUCAGUCAGAACUUUAUGUAAGACCUGAUGACAUCCAUGUGAACAUUCGGCUAGUGGAGUUAUAUCGCUCAAAUAAAAGAUUAAAGGAUGCUGUGGCUCACUGCCAUGAGGCAGAGAGGCAUGUAGCUUUGCGUUCAAGUUUAGAAUGGAAUUCAUGUGUUGUACAAACUCUUAAGGAAUAUCUGGAGUCUUUACAGUGUUUGGAGUCUGAUAAAAGUAACUGGCGAGCAACCAAUACAGACUUACUGCUGGCCUAUGCUAAUCUUAUGCUUCUUACGCUUUCCACUAGAGAUGUGCAGGAAAGUAGAGAAUUACUGGAAAGUUUUGAUAGUGCUCUUCACUCUGUGAAAUCUUCAGUGAAUGGAAAUGAUGAACUAUCAGCUACUUUCUUAGAGGUGAAAGGACAUUUCUACAUGCAUGCUGGUUCUCUGCUUUUGAAGAUGGGUCAGCAUAGUGAUAUUCAAUGGCGAGCUCUUUCCGAGCUGGCUGCAUUGUGCUAUCUCAUAGCAUUUCAGGUUCCAAGACCAAAGCUUAAAUUAAUAAAAGGAGAAGCUGGACAAAAUCUGCUGGAAAUGAUGGCCUGUGACCGUCUGAGCCAAUCAGGGCACAUGUUGCUAAACUUAAGUCGUGGCAAGCAAGAUUUUUUAAAAGAGGUUGUCGAAUCUUUUGCCAAUAAAAGCGGGCAGUCUGCAUUAUACGAUGCUCUGUUUUCUAGUCAGUCACCUAAGGAUACAUCUUUUCUUGGUAGUGAUGAUAUUGGAAACAUUGAUGUACAAGAACCAGAGCUUGAAGAUUUGGCUAGAUAUGAUGUUGGUGCUAUUCGAGCACAUAAUGGUAGUCUUCAGCACCUUACUUGGCUUGGCUUACAGUGGAAUUCAUUGCCUACCUUACCCGCAAUCCGAAAAUGGCUAAAACAGCUUUUUCAUCAUUUGCCCCAGGAAACCUCAAGGCUUGAAACGAAUGCACCUGAAUCAAUAUGUGUUUUAGAUCUUGAAGUAUUUCUACUUGGAGUAGUAUUUACCAGCCACUUACAAUUAAAGGAGAAAUGUAAUUCUCACCACAGCUCCUAUCAGCCAUUAUGCCUGCCUCUUCCUGUGUGUAAACAGCUUUGCACAGAAAGACAAAAGUCUUGGUGGGAUGCGGUUUGUACUCUAAUUCACAGAAAAGCAGUACCUGGAAACUCAGCAAAAUUACGACUUCUAGUUCAGCAUGAAAUAAACACUCUAAGAGCCCAGGAAAAACAUGGCCUUCAACCCGCGCUACUUGUACAUUGGGCAAAAUGGCUUCAGAAAACGGGCAGUGGUCUUAAUUCUUUUUAUGAUCAACGAGAAUACAUAGGGAGAAGUGUUCAUUACUGGAAGAAAGUUUUGCCAUUGUUGAAGAUAAUCAAAAAGAAGAGCAGUAUUCCUGAACCUAUUGAUCCUUUGUUUAAACAUUUUCAUAGUGUAGACAUUCAGGCAUCUGAAAUUGGUGAAUAUGAAGAAGAUGCACAUGUAACUUUUGCUAUAUUGGAUGCAGUAAAUGGAAAUAUAGAAGAUGCUAUGACUGCCUUUGAAUCUAUAAAAAGUGUUAUUUCUUACUGGAAUCUUGCACUGAUUUUUCACAGGAAGGCAGAAGACAUUGAAAAUGAUGCCCUUUCUCCUGAAGAGCAAGAAGAAUGCAAAAAUUAUCUGAGGAAGACCAGGGACUACCUAAUAAAGAUUUUAGAUGACAGUGAUUCAAAUCUUUCAGUGGUCAAGAAAUUGCCUGUGACCCUGGAGUCAGUAAAAGAGAUGCUUAAUUCAGUCAUGCAGGAACUCGAAGACUAUAGUGAUGGAGGUCCUCUUUAUAAAAAUGGUUCUUUGCGAAAUGCAGAUUUAGAAAUAAAACAUUCUAUACCGUCUCCUACGAAAUACUCACUAUCACCGAGUAAAAGUUACAAGUACUCUCCCAAAACACCACCUCAAUGGGCAGAAGAUCAGAAUUCUUUACUGAAAAUGAUUUGCCAACAAGUAGAGGCCAUUAAGAAAGAAAUGCAGGAGUUGAAACUAAACAGCAGUAACUCAGCAUCCCCUCAUCGUUGGCCCACAGACAAUUACGGACCAGACUCAGUGCCUGAUGGAUAUCAGGGGUCACAGACGUUUCAUGGGGCUCCACUAACAGUUGCAACUACUGGCCCUUCUGUAUAUUAUAGUCAGUCACCAGCAUAUAAUUCCCAGUAUCUUCUCAGACCAGCAGCUAAUGUUACUCCCACAAAGGGUCCAGUCUAUGGCAUGAAUAGGCUUCCACCCCAACAGCAUAUUUAUGCCUAUUCGCAGCAGAUGCACACACCACCAGUGCAAAGCUCAUCUGCGUGUAUGUUCUCUCAGGAGAUGUAUGGUCCUCCUCCAUUGCGUUGUUUUGAGUCUUCUGCAGCAGGAAUUCUAUCGCCCAGGAGUGAUGAUUACUUUAAUUACAAUGUUCAACAGACAAGCACAAAUCCACCUUUGCCAGAACCAGGAUAUUUCACAAAACCUCCAAUUGCAACCCAUGCUUCAAGAUCUGCAGAAUCUAAGGUUAUAGAAUUUGGGAAAACUAAUUUUGUUCAGCCCAUGCCGGGUGAAGGAAUAAGGUCAUCUUUGACAACACCGGCACAUACAACACAGCCAACUCCUUUUAAAUUUAACUCAAAUUUCAAAUCAAAUGAUGGUGACUUCACGUUUUCCUCACCACAGGUUGUGACACAGCCUCCUCCUGCAGCUUAUAGUAACAGUGAAAACCUUUUGGGUCUCCUGACUUCAGAUAAACCUUUGCAAGGAGACAGCUAUAGUGGACCCAAACCAAUUCCUGGUGGUCAAACCACUGGACCUCGAAAUACAUUCAAUUUUGGAAGCAAAAAUAAGUCUGGAAUUUCAUUUACAGAAAACAUGGGGCCAAAUCAGCAAAAGAGUUCUGUUUUUCGGCGAAGUGAUGAUAUGUUUACUUUCCAUGGUCCAGGGAAAUCGUUACUUGGAACACCCACUGCAGAGAUAGCAAACAAGAAUCAUGAGACAGAUGGAGGAAGUGCCCAUGGGGAUGAUGAUGAUGACGGUCCUCACUUUGAGCCUGUAGUACCUCUUCCUGAUAAGAUAGAAGUAAAAACUGGUGAGGAAGAUGAAGAAGAAUUCUUUUGCAACCGUGCAAAAUUGUUCCGUUUUGAUGGAGAAUCAAAAGAAUGGAAGGAACGUGGGAUUGGCAAUGUGAAAAUACUGAGGCAUAAAACAUCUGGUAAAAUUCGCCUUCUGAUGAGACGAGAGCAAGUAUUGAAAAUCUGUGCAAACCAUUACAUCAGUCCAGAUAUGAAAUUGACACCAAAUGCUGCAUCAGACAAAUAUUUUGUAUGGCAUGCCCUUGAUUAUGCAGAUGAGUUGCCAAAACCAGAACAACUUGCUAUUAGGUUCAAAACUCCUGAGGAAGCAGCACUUUUUAAGUGCAAGUUUGAAGAAGCCCAAAGCAUUUUGAAAGCCUCAGGAACAAAUGUAGCCACAGCACCAAAUCAGGCUAUCAGAAUUGUAAAAGAACCCACAAAUCACGAUAAUAAGGAUAUUUGCAAAUCUGAUGCUGGAAACAUGAAUUUUGAAUUUCAAGUUGCAAAGAAAGAAGGGUCUUGGUGGCAUUGUAACAGCUGCUCAUUAAAGAAUCCUGCAACUGCGAAGAAAUGUGUAUCAUGCCAAAAUCUAAACCCAAGCAAUAAAGACCUCCUUGGCCCACCAUUAGGUGAAACUGUUUUUACUCCUAAAACCGGCCCAGAGAAUGUUCAAGAUCGAUUUUCAUUGAUGACUCCAAAGAAAGAAAGUCACUGGGAUUGUAGUAUUUGUUUAGUAAGAAAUGAACCCAGUGUAUCUAGGUGCAUUGCAUGUCAGAAUACAGAAUCUGCUAACAACAGUGAAUCUUCUUUUGUUCAUCAAGCUUCCUUUAAAUUUGGCCAGGGAGAGCUUCCUAAGCCUGUUAACAGUGAUUUCAGAUCUGUUUUUUCUACGAAGGAAGGACAAUGGAAUUGCAGUGUAUGUUUGGUACUAAAUGAGGGGAGCUCUACAAAAUGUGCUGCUUGUCAGAAUCCAAGAAAACAGAAUCUACCUGCUACUUCUAUUUCAACAUCUGCCUCUUUUAAAUUUGGUACUUCAGAGACAAGUAAAACUCCAAAGACUGGGUUUGAGGACAUGUUUGCUAAGAAGGAAGGACAGUGGGAUUGCAGUUCAUGCUUAGUGCGAAAUGAUGCAAAUGCUACAAGAUGUGUUGCUUGUCAGAAUCCAGGUAAACCAAGUCCAUCUACUUCUAUUCCAGCUCCUGCCUCUUUUAAGUUUGGUAUUUCAGAGGCAAGCAAGGCUCCAAAGAGCGGAUUUGAGGGAAUGUUCACUAAGAAGGAAGGACAGUGGGAUUGCCAUGUGUGCUCAGUAAGAAAUGAAGCCAGUGCUACUGAAUGUAUUGCUUGUCAGAAUCCAAGUAAACAAAAUCAAACUACUUCUGCAACUCCAACACCUGCUUCUUUGGAGACAAGAAAGGCUUCAACGAGCGGAUUUGAGGACAUGUUCACUAUGAAGGAUGGACAGUGGGAUUGCAGUGUAUGUUCAGUAAGAAAUGAAGCCAGUGCUACCAAAUGUAUUGCUUGUGAAAAUCCAAGUAAACAAAACCAGCCUACUUCUGUAAUUCCAACACCUGCCUCUUCAGAGACAAGCAAGGCUCCAAAGAGCGGAUUUGAGGGAAUGUUCACUAUGAAGGAAGGACAGUGGGAUUGCAGUGUGUGCUUAGUAAGAAAUGAAGCCAGUGCUACCAAAUGUAUUGCUUGUGAGAAUCCAAGUAAACAAAACCAACCUACGUCUGCAACUCCAACACCUGCCUCUUCGGAGACAAGCAAGUCUCCAAAGAGCGGAUUUGAGAGAAUGUUCAUUAAGAAGGAAGGACAGUGGGAUUGCAGUGUAUGCUCUGUAAGAAAUGAAGCCAGUGCUACCAAAUGUAUUGCUUGUGAGAAUCCAAGUAAACAAAACCAACCUACUUCUGCAACUCCAACACCUGCCUCUUUGGAGACAAGCAAGACUCCAAAGAGUGGAUUUGAAAGAAUGUUCAUUAAGAAGGAAGGACAGUGGGAUUGCAGUGUGUGCUUAGUAAGAAAUGAAGCCAGUGCUACCAAAUGUAUUGCUUGUCAGAAUCCAAGUAAACAAAAUCAAACAACUUCUGCAAUUUCAACACCUGCCUCUUUGGAGACAGGCAAGGCUCCAAAGAGUGGAUUUGAAGGAAUGUUCAUCAAGAAAGAAGGACAGUGGGAUUGUAGCGUUUGCCAUGCACAAAAUGAGAAUUCUUCCUUAAAAUGUGUGGCUUGUGAUGCUUCUAAAUCAACUCAUAAACCUAUUGCAGAAGCUCCUUCUGCUUUCACAUUGGGCUCAGAAAUGAAGUUGCAUGACUCUUCUGGAAGUCAGGUGGGAAUAGGAUUUAAAAGUAAUUUCUCAGAAAAAGGUUUUAAAUUUGGCAAUAUAGAGCAAGGAUUCAAAUUUGGGCAUGUGGAUCAAGAAAAUUCACCUUCAUUUAUGUUUCAGGGUUCUUCUAAUACAGAAUUUAAGUCAACCAAAGAAGGAUUUUCCGUCCCUGUGUCUGCUGAUGGAUUUAAAUUUGGCAUUUCGGAAUCAGGAAAUCAAGAAAACAAAAGUGAAAAGCCUCUUGAAAAUGAUAGUGGCUGCCAGGCUCAGGAUAUUAGUAGCCAGAAGAAUGGUAGUAGUGUGAUUUUUGGCCAAACAAGUAGCACUUUUACAUUUGCAGAUCUUGCAAAAUCAACUUCAGGAGAAGGAUUUCAGUUUGGCAAAAAAGACCCCAAUUUCAAAGGAUUUUCAGGUGCUGGAGAAAAAUUAUUCUCAUCACAGUGUGGUAAAAUGUCUGAUAAAGCAAACACUUCAGGUGACUUUGAGAAAGAUGAUGAUGCCUAUAAGACUGAAGAUAGUGAUGACAUCCAUUUUGAACCAGUAGUUCAAAUGCCCGAAAAAGUAGAACUUGUAACAGGAGAAGAAGAUGAAAAAGUUCUAUAUUCACAGCGGGUAAAACUAUUUAGAUUUGAUGCUGAGAUAAGUCAAUGGAAAGAAAGGGGCUUGGGGAAUUUAAAAAUUCUCAAAAAUGAAGUCAAUGGCAAACUAAGAAUGCUGAUGCGAAGAGAGCAAGUAUUAAAAGUGUGUGCUAAUCAUUGGAUAACAACUACGAUGAACCUGAAGCCUCUCUCUGGAUCAGAUAGAGCAUGGAUGUGGUUAGCCAGUGAUUUCUCUGAUGGUGAUGCUAAACUGGAGCAGUUGGCAGCAAAAUUUAAAACACCGGAGCUGGCUGAAGAAUUUAAGCAGAAAUUUGAGGAAUGCCAGCGGCUUCUAUUAGACAUACCACUUCAGACUCCUCAUAAACUAGUAGAUACUGGCAGAGCUGCCAAGCUAAUACAGAGAGCUGAAGAAAUGAAGAGUGGACUGAAAGAUUUCAAAACAGUUUUGACAAAUGAUCAAACAAAAGUCACUGAGGAAGAGAAUACGAGUUUAGGUACAGGUGCAACCAGUACCUCAGACACAACAAUAAAACCCAAUCCUGAAAGCACUGGGCCCACAUUAGAAUGGGAUAACUAUGAUUUAAGGGAAGAUGCUUUGGAUGAUAGUGUUAGUAGUAGCUCAGUACACGCUUCCCCAUUGGCCAGUAGCCCCGUGAGAAAAAAUCUCUUCCGCUUUGGUGAAUCAACAACAGGAUUUAACUUCAGUUUUAAAUCUGCUUUGAGUCCAUCUAAGUCUCCUGCCAAGUUGAAUCAGAGUGGGACUUCAGUUGGCACUGAUGAAGAAUCUGAUGUUACUCAAGAAGAAGAGAGAGAUGGACAGUACUUUGAACCUGUUGUUCCUUUACCUGAUCUAGUUGAAGUAUCCAGUGGUGAGGAAAAUGAACAAGUUGUUUUUAGUCACAGGGCAAAACUCUACAGAUACGAUAAAGAUGUUGGUCAAUGGAAAGAAAGGGGCAUUGGCGAUAUAAAGAUUUUACAAAAUUAUGAUAAUAAACAAGUUCGUAUAGUGAUGAGAAGGGACCAGGUAUUAAAACUUUGUGCCAAUCACAGAAUAACUCCAGACAUGACCUUGCAAAAUAUGAAAGGGACAGAAAGAGUAUGGGUGUGGACUGCAUGUGAUUUUGCAGAUGGAGAAAGAAAAGUGGAGCAUUUAGCUGUUCGUUUUAAACUACAGGAUGUUGCAGACUCAUUUAAGAAAAUUUUUGAUGAAGCAAAAACAGCCCAAGAAAAAGAUUCUUUAAUAACACCUUAUGUUUCUCGGUCAAGCACUCCCAGAGAGUCACCAUGUGGCAAAAUUGCUGUAGCUGUAUUAGAAGAAACCACAAGAGAGAGGACAGAUAUAAUUCAGGGUGAUGAUAUAGCAGAUGGGACUUCAGAAGUCGAAGUGUCUGGCACAUCUGAAACAACAACAAAAGCAGUGGUUUCUCCUCCAAAGUUUGUAUUUGGUUCAGAGUCUGUUAAAAGCAUUUUUAGUAGUGAAAAAUCAAAACCAUUUGCAUUUGGCAACAGUUCAGCCACUGGGUCUUUGUUUGGAUUUAGUUUUAAUGCACCUUUGAAAAGUAACAGUAGCGAAAAUAGUUCAGUAUCCCAGAGUGGAUCUGAAAGAAAAGGACAACCUAACAAAUGUGAAUUGUCAAAGAACUCUGAUAUCAAACAGUCUUCAGAUAGCAAAGUCAAAAAUCUCUUUGCUUCCUUUCCAACGGAAGAAUCUUCAAUUAAUUACACAUUUAAAACACCAGAAAAGGUAAAAGAGAAGAAAAAACCUGAAGAUUCUCCCUCAGAUGAUGAUGUUCUCAUUGUAUAUGAACUAACUCCAACUGCUGAGCAGAAAGCCCUUGCAACCAAACUUAAACUUCCUCCAACUUUCUUCUGCUACAAGAAUAGACCAGAUUAUGUUAGUGAAGAAGAGGAGGAUGAUGAAGAUUUCGAAACAGCUGUCAAGAAACUUAAUGGAAAACUAUAUUUGGAUGGCUCAGAAAAAUGUAGACCCUUGGCAGAAAAUACAGCAGAUAAUGAAAAAGAAUGUAUUAUUGUAUGGGAAAAGAAACCAACAGUUGAAGAGAAGACAAAAGCAGAUACGUUAAAACUUCCAUCUACUUUUUUUUGUGGAGUCUGUAGUGAUACUGAUGAAGACAAUGGAAAUGGGGAAGACUUUCAGUCAGAGCUUCAAAAAGUUCAGGAUGCUCAAAAAUCUCAUACAGAAGAAAUAUCUAGCACAACUGAAAGUGUAUCAAUAGGUGGGACUGACGUGGUGGUACCUUCUGUCUGUAAAUCUGAAGAACCUGAUUCGAUUACCACAUCGAUUAGUUCACCACCUACUUCCUCUGAAACUGUGGACAAACCUGUAGAUUUGUCAACUAGAAAGGAAAUUGAUACAGAUUCUACAAGCCAAGGGGAAAGAAAAAUAGUUUCAUUCGGAUUUGGAAGUAGCACAGGGCUCUCAUUUGCAGACUUGGCUUCCAGUAAUUCUGGAGAUUUUGCUUUUGGUUCUAAAGAUAAAAAUUUCCAGUGGGCGAAUACUGGAGCGGCUGUGUUCGGAACACAAUCAGUUGGAACCCAGUCAACCGGUAAAGUUGGUGAAGAUGAAGAUGGUAGUGAUGAAGAGGUAGUUCAUAAUGAAGAUAUUCAUUUUGAACCAAUAGUGUCACUACCGGAGGUAGAAGUAAAAUCUGGAGAAGAAGAUGAAGAAAUUUUGUUUAAAGAGAGAGCCAAACUUUAUAGAUGGGAUCGAGAUGUCAGUCAGUGGAAGGAGCGUGGUGUUGGAGAUAUAAAGAUUCUUUGGCAUACAAUGAAGAAUUAUUACCGUAUCCUAAUGAGAAGAGACCAGGUUUUUAAAGUGUGUGCAAACCACGUUAUUACUAAAACAAUGGAAUUAAAACCCUUAAAUGUUUCAAAUAAUGCGUUAGUUUGGACUGCCUCAGAUUAUGCUGAUGGAGAAGCAAAAGUAGAACAGCUUGCAGUGAGAUUUAAAACUAAAGAAGUAGCUGACUGUUUCAAGAAAACAUUCGAAGAAUGUCAACAGAAUUUACUGAAACUCCAGAAAGGACACGUGUCACUGGCUGCAGAAUUAUCAAAGGAGACCAAUCCUGUGGUAUUUUUUGAUGUUUGUGCGGACGGUGAACCUCUAGGACGGAUAACUAUGGAAUUAUUUUCGAACAUUGUUCCUCGGACUGCUGAGAACUUCAGAGCACUGUGCACUGGAGAGAAAGGCUUUGGUUUCAAGAAUUCCGUUUUUCACAGAGUAAUUCCAGAUUUUGUUUGCCAAGGAGGCGAUAUCACCAAACAUGAUGGAACGGGUGGACAGUCCAUUUAUGGAGACAAAUUUGAAGAUGAAAAUUUUGAUAUGAAACAUACUGGUCCUGGCCUACUAUCCAUGGCCAAUCGAGGCCAGAAUACCAAUAAUUCUCAAUUUUUUAUAACACUGAAAAAAGCAGAACAUUUGGACUUUAAGCAUGUAGUAUUCGGGUUUGUUAAGGAUGGCAUGGCUACUGUGAAAAAGAUUGAAUCAUUUGGUUCUCCCAAAGGGUCUGUUUGUCGAAGAAUAGCUAUCACAGAAUGUGGACAGAUAUAAAAUCAUUGUUUUUCAUAGAAAAUUUUAUCUGUAUAAGCAGUCAAAGCUUAGCUAUUACAAUUUGGUAAUUAUGUUCAGCUUUUGAAAAUGGACGUUUCUGAUGUACAAAUGUAAAAUUGCAGCUUAUAGCUGUUGUCGACUUUUUAAUGUGUUACAAUUGACCUUGCAUGGUGUGAAAUAAAAGUUUAAACACUGGUGUAUUUCAGGUGUACUUGUGUUUAUGUACUCCUGACAUUUGUAUUAAAAUGGAAUGAUACUAAUCUUGUUUAAAGCAAUAGGCCUUCUCAAACUAUUGAAGGAAUAUGAUAUAUACAAUUUAAUUUUAAUUUCUUUUAAGAUAUUUGGACUUCCUGCAUGGAUAUGCUUAAUCAUUUGAAUAAAGGGACCACAGCUUGGAUAAUUUUAUUUUAGAUUUGAAAUAUAUUUGGUAAUCUUAACUAUUGGUGUACUCAGUUAUGCAUAGAGACUCAUUUAUGAAUGGGUGGAGCCACAGAACUAUAGAGUUAACCGAAGUGCUCUUCUCUAGAAUCUUUACACCUCCUGUGUGGUUACAAGUUAACUUUUUAAGUGGAGUACCUUCCUUCCUUAAAAUAUGUAGCUUCCUGUUCCUUUUCAUGGGUAUUCAAUUAAUUUUUACAUUUUAAACAAAUCGACUAUUUCCUUUAGGAGUUUUGUUUUAAACUUUUCUGUCAUCUGUCUCUACUACCUCAGAAACUGCAGCUUCUUUCUGAUGAUAGAAAUUGAUUUUUUCCUUGUAGUUAUUGUGAUAAAGUAUGAAUAUUUUUAGAAAGUCUAUACCGUGUUCUUUGGUUAAGAUUUGCUUUAUAAAAGACUGUUGCAGUACCUUUUUCUGAUAAAUUUUGUAGCAGAAAUAAAAUGACAAUUCAUAAAAGCCAUUGACAUUCAAAAAAUUCAUUACUUGUGCUUCUGGUUCAUUCUAGUCUAAAGGAAGACAAUUCAAAGGCAGUACAUUCCAACUGUCCCAUGAUUUCCAGAGCUCCUAGUUUCUCAACGUUGAUAUACACUGAAAAUGUAUUUGGAAAUGGCUUGUAUCAAAUGUUAGGCAAAUUGCUAAAGAAAAGCGAAUGUUCUUAUUGGCCUACUCAGUAUGGAACUACGAAGAAUCCAGGAUAGAAUACAAAGUUUUGUAUAUUACAAUUAUGAAUAUUGACUGUCUUCCACCCAUCUGUGUUCUUCCUCAUGAGUGUACCUCAUUUUAUUUUGUGAGGAAAGACAGUGAGGUUUGUUCCCUGUUACAUGGGGAUUUGGAAAUAGGGUAUCCUAAAGUAAAUAACUGUUCAACCACCAGCUAAAUGAGGGGAGGGAUGUUGUGCGAGUAAUGAGUGAUGGUGUACCAUCACCAUUCCACUCGGCCACAAAGCCAGAUACGCGAAAUAAACCUACUCCAAAUUCAUUGAACUGUGUAUCAGUUCAAUCUUGAAAAGAACCAUGGAUUACAUAUGUUUACACUAAAUAUUUCAAAUUGGCUUAUUUGGAAAGUUAUGUAAUAGAAACUGAUGUAAAGUGUGUUGUAACUUUUUAGCUGAGACAGUUGAUGCGUUCGUCAUGAUUUUAGAAUAAAUUCUUAAGUAAAUGCAAGUGCUUUUUAAGAGACGUUUUGCAAAUUUCUAUGCUUUCCUUAAAGCAUUAAAGUUACGAAUUAAAAAGCUUUAAAACUUUGACCAAAAAUUUGACAAAAAUGACAUGUAAACUGACUUUUCCAGUAUUAGUUGGAAGAUGCUUAAAAGUGGCUUGUGGCUUUUAUAAGAAAGUCUUUGUGUCACAUUUCAGGAUGGGACUUUGAUUUCUCUGUUACUUAAUCACUGAUGUGGUCUAAACCCACGAUGAUAUGUAUCUUUCCUUUUAAACUGGAUUUUAUAUUGUCUCAUUAAAAUCUGCUUAAAGA